AUCAAAGGUGGUUCUGUUCUCUGUCGGGACUUCCAGUCCUGUCUGUUUGACAGAACGGGUCGUUUGAAUUUGUCUUUUAAAAUUAAAAACAUGUCGGGUUACUCACAGGAAGCCGGCUCGUUUGGCCCUGCAGACUAUACAGUGUUUGUGCUCAUGCUGGUGGUGUCCUCUGGCAUUGGGAUUUACUACGGCUGGGUCGACAGGAGAAAGAGAAGCUCCAGCGAAUUCUUAAUAGGCAAACGCACCCUCACCGCCCUGCCCGUCUCCAUGUCGCUCACCGCCGGCAUCAUGUCUUCCACCACGAUCUUGUCCAGCCCGGCUGAGGUGUACCGCUUUGGGGCCAUUUUUGGACUGGUUGGCAUUGCCUACGCUCUGUCAAUGGUGGUCACAUCUGAGAUCUUUCUCCCUGUCUUCUAUAGGCUCGGCGUCACAAGCACUUACGAAUAUCUGGAGCUGCGUUUUAAUAAAGCAACUCGUCUCCUGGGAACGGCGGGUUUUCUCAUUCAUAUAACCAUGUUUGCUGGAAUCACUGUUUAUGGCCCAGCUCUUGCUUUAAACAAAGUUGUUAACAUGAGUCUAUGGACUGGAAUUGUUACAACAGCCAUGGUUUGCACUUUUUACUGCACUCUGGGUGGGAUUAAGGCAGUUGUGUGGACUGAUGUGUUUCAGAUCGGAAUAAUGUUGAUGGGAUUUCUGGCCAUUAUAAGCAAAGCCGUGAUUUUACAAGGAGUUUCUACCAUCUUUGCAGAUGCUCAACAAGGAGGAAGGCUCAACUUUUGGGACUUCGAUAUAAACCCACUCAGGAGACAUACCUUCUGGACUCUGGUUAUUGGAGGGACGUUUGUCUGGAGCACUACGUAUGGGGUCAACCCACCAGCCGUUCAGAGAUACAACUCCUGCAGGAGCAUCACUCAAGCCCGAUUAGCCGUGUACAUCAACCUGUUUGGUCUUUGGGCCUGUCUGGUUUGCACCGUGUUGUCUGGACUUUCUCUCUAUUCAGUUUAUAAAAACUGUGACCCGUGGACGGCUGGACUGGUUUCUUCUCCUGACCAGUUGAUCCCACAUUUGGUGAUGGAUAUCUUUACCAACAAUCCUGGACUUUCAGGACUUUUCCUUGCAGCAGUUUAUAGCGGGUCUUUAAGCACAGUUUCCUCCUGCAUCAACUCACUAGCUGCAGUGACCCUCGAGGACCUGAUAAAACCACACAGCAAACUAUCCGAAAACCAACAGUUCAUCGUCUCAAAAGCACUGAAUUUGUUUUACGGCCUUGUCUGCAUUGCUAUGGCUGGUAUAGCGUCAUUCAUGGGAGGCAUGUUGCAGGCUGCUAUUGUUCUUGCCGGGGUCACUGGAGGUCCUUUGUUUGGUCUGUUCUCUUUGGGAAUGCUUUGUCCAUUUGCCAACUCCAAAGGGGGGUUGUCAGGGCUUGUUAUUGGUUUUGUUGCGACCCUAUCCGUAAGCCUUGGUGACCUGAUAUCCCACUCCUCUCCUGAGAUGACCCGACCACUGCCCUUGACCACUGAAGGUUGUAAUUUCACAACAGCUGAGAACCAGAACUGCACUUCUACUGUUCUUCCAACAGAACCAAGCGUCAUUACCACAACUCUGGGGCUGAACAGCGAAGACAUUAACCUGAUGGGUAAAUGGUCCUCUCCUUCCUACCUUUAUUUUUCUCUCAUUGGAUCCAUAACAGUUUUUACCGUGGGAGUUACAGUCAGCAUUUUGACAGGAGGCUGCAGGGAUAAGGUGGAGCGGAGGCUUACUUUACAGAAAGAAGACACAACUGUCUACCACCUGUUUAGGCUAAUCAAAGACUUUGUCACGAAAGGAGCAGACAGACCCGACCUGACAGUGCAGCCAGAAGGCGGCAACUUAAACCCUGCUUUCUGUGAUUCUGAGAUUUAUACAAAAACAAACUCAACCUCGUCAAAUUUCUGA